AUGGUGCGCAUGAAUGUGCUUGCCGAUGCUCUCCGAAGCAUGAACAACGCCGAGAAGCGCGGAAAGCGCCAAGUUCUCAUCAGGCCAGCGUCGAAGGUUAUCGUUCGGUUCCUGACAGUAAUGAUGAAGCACGGAUACAUCGGAGAGUUCGAGAUCGUCGAUGACCACCGUGCCGGCAAGAUCGUCGUCAACCUCAACGGCAGAAUCAACAAGUGCGCCGUCAUCUCGCCCCGAUAUGAUGUUCAACUGAAGGACCUUGAGAAGUACACCAACGAGCUCCUCCCCUCCCGGCAAUUCGGCCAUCUCGUGCUCACCACCUCCGGAGGCAUCAUGGACCACGAGGAAGCCAGAAAGAAGCACUUGGGAGGCAAAAUUCUCGGAUUCUUCUUC